AUGGCACAACCUCCCUCCAAUUCCAAACGCCUCACAGAAACCCCCAAUUUCGAGGAAUCAAAUUCCAAGCGCCACAAACCCUACAACAACGACCACGAACAAGAGGAACCCCUAGAGCAACAAGAUCAUGACUUAUCCGCCAUAUUCACCACCCUCGAGCAAGAGCUCUCCCUCGAUUCCGACUCCCCGCCGCCCGCCGAGGAAGACGACGGCGUGAAAUCGAUCAUGAGGCACCUUCUACAAGCCUCCGACGACGAGCUAGGGAUUCCGAAUUACUCCUCCCAGGAAUUUAAUACUAAUAACAAUGAUGAUUUCGGAAUUAUUAAAUCUGAGGAAAAUAGCAUUUCCGUUAAUUUCUUCGAUAAUGGGCUCUGGGAAUUUGACGACGAGGCGGCCAACUACUACGCGAUUAUGCAGUCGGAGCUAUUUAUGUAG